UAACAAUUAUAUAAACUAGCGUUUUCCCCUCGUUUUUUUUCAGUCAAAAAUUCAUCGAUUCAAAAAAGUAUUAAUUAAACAAUCAAAAAAAUCAAAUCACUAACAAUGUCUGAUCAACCAAGCAAAACUAAUGCUAACGUCAACUAUUACACUGGUUCUGCUAAAGAACAAGUUGGUAACUUAACUGGCAACGAAAGACUUCAAACUGAAGGUAAAAUAGCACAAGACCGUAGUAAUGCCGAAUAUGAUGCAGCCGACAAAGCCCCUUCGAAAAUUACCGGAAAUUAUAAUGCUGCGGUCGGAGCUGUAAAAGAAAUGGUUGGAUCUACUCUUGGUUAUACUGAACUUGAAAAAUCUGGCGCCCAACAACGUCUUGAUGGCAAUGCUGAACUUGAAGCAGCUAAAGCUUCUGAAUAUGUAUCAGGCGCUGGUGAUAAAGUCAAAGGCGUCGUUAAGGAAAAUGUUGGUAGUACCAUUGGAGAUGAAAAGAUGGAAGCUCAAGGAUACGCUACUAAAUUAAAGGGAGAAAGUAAAAUGGAGAGGAAUGAGUAAAACCGUUAAAAAUUUUAAUCUAAAAAACAUUUGUAACAUUCAUUAAUAACAUUCAUUAAUAUAUAUAUUUAUUUUUAUUUGUUAUUUCAUUAAUUUUAUAUCGAAACCAGGUAGUCUUUAAUACGUUUUAUUUAAAUAAAAUAUUUUUCACAAAUAAUCAUUAAAUAAAAUUAUUAUUUCGUGCAAACAUUUUUAUAUAAUAUUUGAUUCAUUUCUGUAAACCAAUUUCAAUUUUGUGUACUUUUGUCAAUUAGUACCGUU